CACAACGAGUUGACAUUUGCGCUUCUCACAUCUCUAAAAUUGUGCCGCUCGUUUUUCAUUGUACAAUUCAGUAGGCAUAUCAAAUUAAUAUUUUUACCAUUGACAAGCAUUAUACAUAAAGAUGGAUCAAAUCAUAAACAAGGAGAAUGCUGGCGUUUAUUUGCCUUCCAAUCCUAUGAAAAAUGGAGUCCCUCUUGGCAGUACAGCGUUAAAACAAACUGUAAAAAAGAGUGUGCUGGGAAAACUGGACAAUGUAAUGCAUCUAACGCCAGGAAUUACCCCAUUUAAAAGCAGCAAUGCUGUUAAACUUGAGGGAAGUAUUGCCAAGCUAUCGAUUCAAAAGGCUGCCAAGCAAAUGCCUGCAAAUCUAGGUAGGGAUCGAGAGGAGGUUAAUGUCAAAUCGUCCAGCUGUUUUUUGGGUUCUUACAUGGUGAGGCGCGACGCGAUCCAGCCCAUCAAUUUAUUCAACUACACGGACUUUCCGACUGAGCGAUGUGCAAAACAAUGCAGCAAACCAAUUACUGAAACCUGGCUGGAAAAGCAGUGUGAUUUUGAUGAUUUGUGCGAAAGAAUUCUACAUGACAUGCACACCCUGGAGGAAGAUUGGAACAAUGAAGAGAUACCACAGUUAGGCAACGAUUUCGAUGAAAAUCCACCUUUAUAUAAUUUAGAUAGUGUUGAAAACGAGGAAUGUGAAUCGUUCUUUGAUCUUCCCCUGCCGAGUUUCGUCAAUGUUGACAUUCUAUUUUAGAUAACUUGAAAUUUUUAUGUUUUAGAAUUUGUAUGUAUUUAAGGAUAAUAUUUGUGGCUAGUGACGUGAGUAAACUCUAGUAGUAAUUAAUAUGUCAUAUAUGUUCUUAGUUUUAACCAUUAAUAAAAAGUUAUGAAUAAUAUUUAGUAAUAUAUUCUACAGUAUACAAGUAAAUUAAA